UCAUCCUCAUCCUGAUCCUGGCCUUCGCAUAAACAGCCUGGCCCAUCUUCUGAGCCCAAUUCCCGAUGAUCCAUCCACCCACCUCUCUCACUUUCUCAGCCUUCCUCGUCCGUUCGCCGGCCACCACCUGCCGUCGCGCAGCCUCUCUCUCUCACGCCAGGGUUUAGGGUUUCCGCCCCUGCUGCUGCUUCCAUUGUCCAAUUCAUUCUUCGCACCACCACCACUGACACUGACUGAGUUGGUUAACUGAGGUCAAAAGCUAAACUUUCCUUUGAACUGAACUGAUAGACAUCAAUAUACUCUUCCUUUAUAAGCUAAACUUACCUUUUAUGCAACCCAUGAUUAUCUCACACCCUUUUGCGCCACUUCGUUCUUUCACAACCAUUACAUUCUCCAAACCUUUUUCCCUUAACAAUCACUUAGUGCCAUCUUCGACAGUUACACUGCAAAUUCCAAGCUAUGUUAGAACAAAGACAGUAUUAUUUGGUGCUAGAAGUAGGCGUGAAAGUUUGAACAAUAAGGACUUUGACAUAGACACCAUAAAUGAAGAUCAGGAGGUUGAGGAUGAUGACAAUGGUAGGUUUUCAUCUCAAGGAGUGCAUGAGGGAAAUGAAGCAAUUGACAUUGACAUAGAAGAAGUACAAGAAGAUGAAGAUGAUGGUGGUGGAUAUUCAGGUCGAGGAGCAUAUACAGGUAGGGAAGAGAAGGAUUACGAUAGAGAUCCAGAAUUUGCUCAAAUUCUUGGAAAUUUUGUAGAUGAUCCCAAAACGGCACAGGCCAGAAUGGAAGAGAGACUGAGAAAGAAGAGGAAUAAAAUACUGCAGACAAAGACUGGAUCAGGAGUACCAAUGAAAGUUUUAGUUAACAAAUUUGAUUUUUCAAACUCAUAUAUAUGGUUUGAAUUUUACAAUGCUCCAUUGGCAAAAGACAUCUCCUUAAUUUGUGAUACUAUUCGAGCAUGGCACAUCAUGGGACGUCUUGGUGGAUGCAAUUCCAUGAAUAUGCAACUGUCACAGUCUCCAAUGGAUAAACGACCAAGUUAUGAUUAUAUUCAGGGAGCAAAUGUGACCCCAACUACAUUUUACAACAUUGGGGAUCUUGAGGUUCAAGACAACCUUGCUCGAAUAUGGGUGGAUAUUGGAACUGGUGAACCGUUGCUUGUGGAUGUUUUGAUAAAUGCGUUGACACAGAUAAGUUCCGAUUUUGUAGGGAUCAAGCAAGUAAUGUUUGGUGGAAAAGAAUUUGAGAAUUGGAAUGAAAAUUUGACAUCAGAAGAUUCAGGUUAUAGUGUUCACAAGAUCUAGCCAUUUUUCCAGGCGUAUGGCUAUUAAGAGGAAGUCAUGAAUGUAUCUUUGGGUAGGAAUUUUUUUCAGUACUAUAGUACAGACUGCAUACUCUUAUAUCCUAAGUAUGACACAUGACAUGUAUGAUAAGUUAUUCUGAAUUUUGUUUUAUUUUUAAUUUAAGAAAAGAAUAACUCUCACAUUGUGUUAGAGAUGUAUGAGUUUUGAGUAUUACAUGAGUAUUGAAAAUUUGUUCGGGUGACA